CAACCAACUGGAGGCCCCUUUUGCCUUCAUUCGCUCGCCGUCAGUCGUCGUUAGCAAACGUCACGGAGUUUGUGUUGUUCGUCUUGCUGCUACUUCACUUCAACUCACCCCCCUCAGAAACAUUCUGCACUCUGCACCACAACAAAAAUUACAAAAAAUUAAACUCGUCAAAAAUAUUGAUGAAAACAUAAAUCAAAAGUGUAUUAAGAAAGUUUAAUCUUUUUAGAAAACUUUGAUUUAAGCUAAAGAAAAAAUCUAUUUUAUGAUAUAAAAUUUUGUGUGCAGCGAAGAUUGCAGUGGAUCAAUAAACCCAAGCAGUAAGCAAAACCACAGGAACAAAAGCAAAGACAAAAGCGACGCAGUGAAGCAAAGGAAUAUAAUAAAUAAAAUAAAAUAAAAGACUGAGCAAUCCAAGGAAUAAAACACCAUAAGCAAUCUCUCUCCCUCUCUCUUUAAAACUACAAAUUGAUCUCAAUUCGAUAAGCAAUCCAAACACAAUCACAAUCACAUCGAUCACAGUUUGAAUCACAGCAAGCAGCCAGAACCGAUCAAGACCCAAAUCCAGAUCCAGAGCAUCAGCUUUGUAUAAUGUUUAGCAGUCUCGCAACGUUUCUAUUUGGAGCGCAAGCGACGUCUGAGUCAACCAAUUGUGAAGCGAAUCCUGUCCAGGCGAACUUGAACGAUUCUGGCAACGAUCAGGCAACGGUCGGAGAUGUAAUUGAGGUGACCUCAUCGACCCCAUCGGUAGCGGGCAACAAUCGUGGAUCGGUGCGUGGCAGCGGCAAGCGCGGAGGCGCCAAGAAUAGGCGUGCCAGGCAGCGCCAACAGCAGCAGCAACUGCAGCAGCAGCAGCAGAGCGGACAGCGUAAACAACCGCCGACAAUAACAAAGCUACUGACACCCAACGGCGAGUGCAUCAUCGACGAGGACAUCGACGAGGACGAAUGGUACAUUGUCGAAAAGGAAGACGAGGAGGAGGAUUCGUUGCCACGCAGCGACUCCGAGGAGGAGCUGUCUGUAGUCGAGCUACAGCCGAAGGCUGGAUCAACCGCCGGAGGAGCAGGCGCAGCAUCGCCAGCUGGAGCCGCAACGUCGUCGCGUCGUCGCCAGCAUCUCAAUUCGCAUUCCUUGUACAGCGGACCGCGGCCGCAGCAGCAGCGCAAUUACUUGCAACGCACACGUGCCGCACGCACGCUAAGCAUCUCAACCCUCAGCCCGCCCCGAAGUGUGCCAGCUGCGGACAAUGACAAUGCUGUCAGUCAGUCGCUGUAUGCACCCAAUGUGGUUGUAUCAGCUGCAGCAUCGCCUUGCAGCAGCGAGAGCAGCGGCAGCAGUGGCAAGGGACAUGGUGCUGGCGUGCUGAUGGAGGAGUCCUGGUACGUAACACCGCCACCAUGCUUCACCUCGAUUGGGCCAAUCAAUAUGGAAGCAUCACCCUUUGAGAAUCUAUUGAUUGAGCAUCCAAGCAUGUCGGUUUAUCAUAGUAUUAGGUCCAGCCAGGCGGGCACCGAAAGUUUUGUAAAUCUUGAUCUCGGAGCAGCCGAAACAUCGCAGCCAGCUGAACCAGAAGCCGAACCGGUUCAGGCAGCGGCGGUGCAACAGCAACGCUCCAACAGCGCUCGCUUCGAUCGCCAUGCGGCGGCGGAGUUGAAGCAGCAGACUUUGGCUCGCCACAGCCAGAAGAGCAACAAUAAGAAGCAGCAUCAGCAGCUCUGCCGCAGCGCCAUUAAACGCGCCAACAAGGUGCGCGACAUUCAGGCCAAAGGUCAACGGCCUCGUCGCUCGGACAUGCAACACUGCAAGUUGGUAAGCGGUGCCAACAACAACCGCAAGUGCUGCUAGUUUGUUGCCCCUCCCAACAACAGAAACACCCCUUACAAGCAACAACAAUUGCUCUCUCUGUCUCCCUCUCAAAAGGACGAGACAGAAGAUUUACAUAUUCAAACAAUCAUGGCAACAAAAAGAGCGCGAAGGCAACGCGCAUAAUUUUAAUUAGUAUUUUAAAUUGCCAAAAAAAAAAUAAUGAUUAAAAACAACAUAAGAAAACGACAAAAAAAAACUAAAAACAACAAAGCCGCAAAAAUAUCAAAAUUUAGCAAUUACAACUUAAAUAUUUAAACUUAACAAUUAACAAUUAGUAAUUGUGUAAAAAACAAAAACAACAAAAAAAUGCGUGUAUAAAAAAAGUAGUUUUUAAUGUUCACAGUUUCAAUUUACAACAACAACAACAACAAAAAAA